UGUUAUUUCUUAUUCUGUCCCACAACACCAUAGAUAUUUCGAAGGACUACAGAUCACCAUGUCCGUUCGAGCGUUUCGCCACCAUGGAGAAAGGUCUGUGGUUUUACCUCAAGUUCACAACAGAUUUAACUGGUCUGAACAGAGCAUGCCCAGAUCACCCCUGGAUCGGCGUCAUAGAGAUGUGUAUAACUCAGCCUAUCGCAAUCUGACCAAGCAAAUAGUCUACAUCCACCCUAAUCCAGGACCAGCAAUUCAGAGAAAGGGCAAAUACGGCGCAGAUUGGCGACACAUCCGGCAGAGCGUCCAACCCACCGGUGCCGUGAUAACCUCCCUCAAUGGUAACGUUAAACUAUAUGAUGCUGACAAGUUUACCGACGCUCUUCAGCACGGGUGUCUACACAGACCACACCUGGAAAGUGUCUCGUACAUUCCAGGGGGAAACACGUGGCGCGGGGGGAGUAGCACCAUCAGACCACACCUGGAAAGCGUCGCGUACAUUCCAAGGGGAAAUACUCGCAACGUCUUCAGCCUACAGCCAAGUAUACCAUUUGAUGAAUCACAUGACGAUUUUGUUCGUAGGAAGCUGAGUUUACAACUGCCAUAUAAAUAUAAAGGUCUUUAUAGAUACAAAUAACUGUUUAAAAUGAUAAAUGCGCUUAAAUUAUCUUUAUUUAAACAUUAAAGAACAUGCGGUUGAAACCAUAAUGUUUAUUGCAAUGCAACGUUUGUUUUUAAUUUAUAAUUAAGAAAAUGUUUUGCAUAUGACUGACUUGUUAUAUAGAGAAUAAUAUAUGAGUGGCCGUUAGAUAGAUAUUUUAAAAUGUAUCUAACGAGCGAAAGCGAGU